CAUUUGGACAAACAGCGAAAGUAUGUAGUCGCAAACUAAUAUAAAUAUGCUACUUCCUAGUGCCAGACUGCCAGUAGAGUUUAUUCGUCAUCUGUUCCAAUAGUUGCUUUUAGAGUGAGAGAGAGAGAUUGUGGGAGGAGAUGAAGAACGAAAAGAAAAAUGGACAUGGACUCGAGAAUUCUAUGGUUGAACCUCAGAGAGUGCUAGUCUGUGACUCUUCAAAAUAUAUGUCCCUCUUGACUUCUCCAGAUCGUGAUUUUCUGCUCUCUUCGGACGGCGCUCAGGUGAAAGUAUCUGAACUUGAAGGCAAGGUGAUCGGCAUUUACUUUUCGGCAAACUGGUAUCCUCCAUGCCGAAGCUUCAACCACCUUUUGAUCGAUACUUAUGAGCAACUUAAGAGUUGUAGUUCGGAAUUUGAGAUUGUAUUUGUGUCGUCUGAUGAAGAUUUGGAUGCCUUCAAUACUUUUCACGCAGGCAUGCCAUGGUUAGCCAUUCCAUAUUCUGAUUUGGAGGCAAAGAAAGAGUUGAACCGAAGGUUUGAUGUGGAAGGCAUUCCUUGUUUGGUUAUCUUGCAACCGAGCAACGACAAAGGUGACAAUAUCGCGGCAUUCAACGAUGGAGUUGAACUAAUUUAUCGUUAUGGGGUUCAAGCUUUCCCCUUCACUAAAGAAAGAUUGGAGGAACUGCAAGAAGAGGAAAGAAAAAAACAAGAGAGCCAGACGGUAGCUAGUUUGCUUGUAAGUCAUGAUAGAGAUUUUCUCUUGUCUCAUGCAAACAAUAAGAAGGUGCCAGUUGGUUCCUUAGCAGGCAAGACAAUCGGGCUUUACUUCUCAGCCCAAUGGUGCAUUCCAGGUAUGAAGUUCACUCCAAAGCUGAUAUCUAUAUACAAGAAGAUAAGAGAAAUGUUGCAAUCAGAAGUUUCUGAUGAUGUUCAAGACUUUGAAGUUGUUUAUGUGUCAAGUGAUAACAACGAAACUGAAUUUGAGUCAGAAUUUGAUAGUAUGCCAUGGCUAGCAUUGCCUUUUGGAGAUGAUGCUAUCAAAAACCUAGCUAAGUAUUUUGAUGUUCGAGGAAUACCUAGCUUGAUAAUUCUGGGGCCGAAUGGUAAAACUGUGACAAAAAAUGGGAGGAACCUUAUAAAUUUGUACCAACAAAAUGCAUACCCUUUUACUGAGGCUCGAGUGGAAAUGCUUGAGAAAAAAAUGGACGAGGAGGCAAAAAACCUCCCGAAAUCUGAGUUUCAUGCCGGUCACAGGCAUGAGCUCAGCUUAGUUUCACAGGGUUCUGGAGGAGGACCGUUUAUAUGUUGUGAUUGUGAAGAACAAGGGUCUGGUUGGGCCUAUCAGUGCAUCCAAUGUGGAUAUGAAGUCCAUCCCAAAUGUGUCAAGGCAGUGGAACGUGACCCAGGCAGUGAUAGUUAACUAUUUUGGACAUUGCCGGGCUGGACUGUUCUUGGCUUGCUAGGCUGUCUGGCUAUUUGGCCGGAUACUAACAGCUAAAAAAGGCCUGAUAUACCUUUAGUCUAAUCCUGGAACCAGGAUUUGGUGUGAUAUGGUGAGGAUGAAUCUAUAUUUAGCUUUAUUUGUGUCUGCUUAAUUCUUCCCUUCUGCUUUAAAAGUGGAUAACUGAACUGAAUAAUUGUAUAGGGUACUGGAGUGAAUUAAUGAAUUUACUUAUUUGUUUGCAA